AUCCGGGAAUCGUUCGCGGAUAUAGGAAGGCGGGAGAGCGCGCGCGAGGAAACAUCCAGCGUAUGAUUGGGAGGGCGUCGCCCCAGUAUCUCAACGGGGUGCUCACUGUUGUUUCCGGCGUCUCGCGUCGUCUCUAAGAGACGGAGGAAGGGGUUGGGUUACUUCAAAAGGGGGAAAGCGAGCUUGGCAACGUUGUUUUUCCGAGUCCUGAAUAUUUAUGCAGAAGUCAGCUGUUGUCGAAAGUGGGGGGAAAACACAGUCCGUUCUCACCGGUCGGGCUCCCCACCUCAUAUGUCCAAGCAGGAAGGUGGUGUUUGUUACAGAAUUGGUUGUCUUAAUUUGAUGAGUGCAAUACCACUUUCAUCAUGGAAAACUUUAUUUUGUAUGAAGAGAUUGGAAGAGGAAGCAAGACAGUUGUUUAUAAAGGCAGAAGAAAGGGAACUAUUAAUUUUGUGGCUAUUUUGUGUACCGAUAAGUGCAAGAGAGCUGAAAUAACAAACUGGGUACGCCUUACACAUGAAAUUAAGCACAAGAACAUUGUAACGUUUCAUGAAUGGUAUGAAACAAGCAACCAUCUCUGGCUUGUAGUGGAAUUAUGCACAGGUGGGUCACUAGAAAUGGUAAUUGCUCAGGAUCAACAUCUACCUGAAGAUGUUGUGAGAGAAUUUGGUAUUGAUUUGGUUACUGGACUCCGUCAUAUUCAUGAUCUUGGAAUUCUCUUUUGUGACCUUACACCUGGAAAAAUUCUCCUGGAAGGGCCUGGUACCCUGAAGUUCAGCAACUUCUGCUCAUCUAAAGCAGAGGGCGAAAACCUGGAAGAUUUUUUUGCUUUAAUUGGAACAGAGGAAGGGGGAGGUGAUAGUGGUGAGAAAACAGAACCAAGAAAUCUGAAAAACAAAUCCAGCGGUUCAUCAACAUACCUUGCUCCAGAAGUGAUCAAGGGAGCUGACUUCUCUGUAGCCAGUGAUCUGUGGUCAUUGGGCUGUUUGCUAUAUGAAAUGUUUUCAGGAAGACCUCCAUUCUUCUCAGAAAGCUUUACAGAAUUAACAGAACAUAUUUUACAUCAUGAUCCUUUCUUGCCUAGAGAACAAGGGUCUGCACCUUUAAAACCAUCUCCAGACUUCCUUAGCUUGCUUAAGUCUUUGCUCCAAAAGGAUCCUCAGAAGAGACUGACCUGGGCGGAGCUGUUAGAACAUCCUUUCUGGAAAGAUUGUUUUAUCCAAACUCCCAGGGAAUCUCUGUCUAGCCAAGACACAAGUUCCAGUGGUGGAAAUGGUGAACCAUUUACACCUGGAAAGUAUAAGGAUCACUUAGACAGUCAAGGAAAUUCAGACAUUAGUAUCUCUCCAGGAACAGAAAACAAACUUAACAGAUCUUUCAAGCUUGAAAAUCCAGAAGAUUUGCGCCCUAAAAGUGCCGUUGAUGGUGAAUCAAAUGAGUCUAUAUUUCUUCUCAGUUCUCGGCCCACACCUAGAACUAGCACUGGAGUAGAAAUUAACAGCGCUGCUGCUGUUCUGACUCCAAAUUCAGUACGCACAGCAGCAUCUCCAUCUUCACUAAAGGAUAAAAACACAUUCUACAGCCAGCAGGAUAUAGAAUCCAAAGUGAAAGAGCUUAUCUACAUGGAGUCUGACCUUAUUGUAACACCUAUUCUUGACAAUCCAAAGAUAGCAAAGCAAGCACCAGUGAGAUUUGAUAUGAAAAAUUUACAUAUACCAGCAUAUUCAGCUGAGAAGCUGUCAAUGCUACAAGAAGCAGAAUUGAAUGACUUCUUGCAACACGUAGGUCAGCUGAUUGACUCUCCAGAGAAGACUACAGGGGCAGCCCGAGCUAAACUGAAUUUACUUUGCUACCUCUGCAAUGUUGUUGGCAAUAAGGAAGUAGCAACUAGGUUAAUUAGCACACCGCUGUUCCCUGUAUUACUACAACAGUUGCGGAUAGCUCCAAACUGGGAUAUACGUGCUAAAGCAGCCCGAGUGAUUGGUUUACUGGCAUUGCAUGCAGCUGAACUUAAAGAGAAUGUUCCCAUUAUAGAGGCUGUCACUCUCUUAACUGAACUGAUCAGAGAGAACUUCAGGAACAGCAAAUUAAAACAAUGCCUUUUACCUACCCUUGGGGAGUUGCUUUAUCUUGUGGCUAGCCAGAAAGAAAAAAAAGAGCACCCUAGAGAGUGCUGGGUCCUUCCUUCAGCUGCUUACACUGUGCUAAUGAGGUGCCUUCGGGAAGGGGAGGACCGUAUUGUAAACCAUAUGGCAGCCAAGAUUGUUGAAAAUGUCUGUUCCACUUUCUCUUGUCACACUCAAGGAUUUAUUACUGGAGAAAUUGGCCCAGUAUUAUGGUAUCUUUUUACACAUUCAACUAUAGAUUCCUUGAGAAUUACUGCUAUUUCGGCAUUAUGCAAAAUUACUCGUCACUCACCCAGUGCUUUCCAGAGUGUCAUUGAAAAGGUGGGAUUACCUGCUGUGAUAAACUCACUGGCAACUGGAAUAUGCAAAGUUCAACAUUACAUGAUGACUAUGUUCUCUGCUAUGUUGUCAUGUGGAAUUCACCUGCAGAGGCUGAUUCAAGAAAAGGACUUUGUGACAACGGUUAUCCGACUAUUUGAAAGUCCUUCCACUUCCAUUCGAGCAAAAGCUUUUUUGGUUCUGUUACAAAUUUUAAUAAACAAUAAAGAGAUUCUUCUUCUGAGCUGCCAAGCAAGACUGGUGAUGUACAUUGAAAGAGACAGCAGAAAGGCCACGCCAGGAAAGGAGCAGCAAAGCAGCAAUGAAUACCUGUCAAAAUGCCUGGAUCUUCUCAUCUAUCACAUUGUGCAGGAGCUGCCGCAAAUUCUAGGUGGCAUUCUUUCUGCAUUAGCCAAUGUAUCAGGACGUAAACAUCCAUCAACAAUUCAAGCUAAACAACUGAAGGGGUGCCUUCCGAUGAUGCCUGUAAUACUUCAUCUUGUGACAUCCCAGGUGUUUCGUCCCCAAAUUGUAACUGAGGAGUUUCUUUGCAACUAUGGAAAUUUAUUGAAUUUUGUCAAAUCAAUAGAUUCAGGAGAAAUUAACAUAGAUGGAGUAAUAGGUCAAACAGCUUCAGAAGAGCUAAUUAAGACUGCUUUAUCAACAUUUGAAGCAAUAAUACAACAUCCAGUCUUGUUGAUACAUUACUGCUCAACAGUUGUGGAUUGCAUCCUCCCACCCUUAGUUUCUUUGGUCUCCAGUCAAAAUGUGGAAUGGAGACUCUUCAGCUUGCGGUUGCUCUCAGAAACCACAUCACUGCUUGUGAGCCACAAGGUCAUGGCUGAAGAGAGAGAGAACCUUAACUCAAACAACAAACUUCUGUCUCUCAUUAAAGACUCAUUGCUGCCUCAAUUUGAACAAAUUCUCAUGGCACCUGAUCCAGUACCAGCUUAUGCUCUGAAGUUGUUAGUGGCCCUUACUGAGUACAGCUCUGCUUUUACAUGUCUUGUUGAAGAAAUUAAUCUUGUUCCAACCAUUUUCCAAGUCAUUCUGGAGCACCAGAAUGCACUGCUGGGAAAUACAAUGCAGAGUGCAGUUGCAGUCUUAAAUAACCUGGUUUCCUAUAAAAAUAGAAACAUGACUUUACUUUAUGAACAAGGUCUUGUCCAUCACAUCUGUAAUCUCCUAAUAGAAACUGCCACUUUGUAUUUGGAUGUGGAUGAUAAAAGCAACAUCAAGACAACAAAUGUAUUGCUCCUCUCGUUGCUUGACAUUUUGCACCACAUGCUGAUAUAUACUGCUAAUAUUGUCCGCCUGACGCUACAGGCACAAAAAUCUGGCAUAGGAGGGGACACUCAACCUGCUGAAGACCUUCUGCGUAUUAACAAACCCUUGACAGACUUAAUUAGCCUGCUUAUUCAGCUGCUUCCAAGUGAGGAUACUGAAGUAUAUGAGAAUGCAUCACAGUGCUUAUCCGUGUUACUUCAGCUCUAUGGUGGGGAAAGUGUGGAUAGUAUGUCUUCAGAAAACAUGGACAGCUUUGCUGAAGUACUACAGUUGAAAAACCAAAUAAAAGAUCAGAAGCUUUUGUUGAGAGUAAUUAAAAGAAUGUUUUUUUAGGUUGGCGUGUAGGAGUGAGGUAGAUUUGACAACAGAAUGCCAUUAUGAAGUAAGCUUUAAGGGUAAUGGAUAUCCUGGUUCUUCAGAUUGCAUUGAAUGACAUAUCUCAAUUUGUAGUGUUAAGAGUGCUUAAGACUCCAUAAGUACCUGUUGAAUACUCUUGAGGAUCCCUAUAAAAGUGAACCACCAUCCUGGCAUAGAUUCUAUUAAUAUAACGAAGCACCAUUACAAAAAAAGCCAUCAGCCUAUGACUGCCUAGUACCUGAUGAAUCCAUGCUUUGAGAAGGCUGCUAAUCUGAAACUAUGAUUCGCAAGUGAUGUUUAAAAAUAGCAUUUGAAAUGCGGUUGUGCUUUCAGUAUAUUUCACAAUAAUUGACUUUUUUAGGUUUAGAUGGUGUUGCAAUUCACAUGUUCAGGGAUGAAACCUAAACAUUUUGAAUUAUGAAAGACAAGCUAGUUAAACAUUUAUAAUUGUGCUGUCACUUUUUCAAACUAUUAAAAUGUAGUGUUUUUAUAAGAACAUCAUUAUAAAUUUAUAACAAAUGUAAUUUGUAUAGAGAUGAAGAUGUACUGGUCUAUGGGCAUGAAUUACAGUAUUAGAUUUCACACCACAGGUGGUUUUUCUGGGAUAGUGUGUCCCCUUGAUUAGCACAGAAUGGAUCAAAUUGACAUGAGUUCAUAAUAAAUUGGGUGCUUUAGUUUA